ACUUGAAAAUAGAUAGUAAGGUUACUCUUGUCUCCUUCCGAUAUUCCAUCGUUUGUCUUUUAUCUAAGAAACCCAGGCUGAAAAAUUGAAAAUUGUUUAGAUCGUUACGAUGAGGAAUUUACGAGCCUCUGGUUUAAUAAUCUACAGAAUUGUUUCUUCGGAAAUAGAAUAUCUAUUAUUGCAGACUGCGUAUGGUCACCACCAUUGGACACCACCAAAAGGUCAUGUUGACCCUGGAGAGAGUGACAUGGAAACAGCCCUCAGAGAAACUGAAGAAGAAGCUGGCUUGAAAGGCAAUCAUCUAGAGAUCAUGGAAAACUUAAAAAAAGAAUUACAUUAUGAAGUUAAUCAAAAGCCUAAAACUGUAAUAUACUGGCCUGCCAAGCUUGUGGACCCUAAUCUAGCAGUGAAGCUUUCAGAAGAACAUAAGGAUUUCAAAUGGGUAAAAUUGGAAGAAGCUUGUCAGUUGGUUGAAUAUGCAGACUUACAAUCUGUUCUUAGAGAUUGUGAAGCAUAUCUUAAGAGAAAUUAAAAUUAUAUUUAAAAUAUUUUUUUUUUUAUAUUUCACUAUUUCAUUUCGUUAUAUUUGUUAAUGUUAGUGCAUAAAAGUGCAUUCCCCAAUAAUGUUGGUGCAUUACAAGCCACCAGAUAA